AUGUCAGACUAUCUCCCAGAGGAAGUGGUGCUGGAAAUUCUGCACAGACUUCCCGUCAAAUCCCUAAUUCGAUUCAGGUGCGUUUCUAAAUCAUGGAACUCUCUAAUCACAACCUCUGCCUUCAUCAAAUCCCACCUAACUCGAUCACUUUCACUUUCCUCCGACAAAUUAAUUGUUAGGCAAUGCGUUAAUAAACCCUAUCCCUUUGUAGAGCACUACAAAUUAAUUGACGAUACCAAUGACUCCUCAUCUGAUCAAAUUCAACACAUUGAUUUCCCACUAAGGUGUAGUCGUUUUAUAUGCCAUUUUAAUUUAAUCGGUUCCGUGAAUGGAUUGUUCAGUCUUUUUGAGGAAGACCGCUUUGUUAUUUGGAAUCCCUCAAUUAGAAAAUUUAUAACCCUUCCAAAACCUUGCAUUCGUGUCAAGUCAGUUGUUCAUGAAGCAUUUGGGUUUGAUCCGCGGACUAAUGAUUAUAAGGUGGUGAGGAUAGCUUUUCCACGUAGAACUCAAUCGUCUGAAAUGGCCAAAAUACCUCUGGUUGAGAUUUACUCUCUUAAUGAGGGCUCUUGGAGAAUAACAAGUGCUGGCAACUCUUUUUCACCCGGGUUUAGUUUUGUUGAUCGGGGGCGACCAUCAGCUUCUUUAAAUGGGGCUGUCCAUUUUGUAGUGAGGGAUUGGGACAAUAAAUCGGAUCCAUCAGUUUUGUCAUUUGACUUGGGUGAUGAGGUUUUUCGCAUGAUAUCUGUGCCAAAUGGUGCAUUCAGUACGAGUGAUUAUGUUCAUACCUCAGUAAUUGGAGGUUCGCUUUCUCUUUUAUGUCAUGAUUCUUAUACUUACGGGCAUGCAGUGAACAACUGCUGUUCCAUUUGGGUGAUGAAAGAGUAUGGCGUUGUUGAUUCUUGGACUAAACAGUUCACUGUUAAUCUCAAUGGAGGACUUUUAUUAGGUCUCCAGAAGAAUGGUAAUAUGUUAGUGGAGACAAAACUACCACUUCAUUGUGAGAUCUCUUCAUAUGAUCCUAAGAGCAAACAAGUUAAGAAUUUGGGAAUUUGUGGGAUGUCAUACACUUUUUUUGUUGAUAAUUAUAUGGAGAAUCUAGUCUUACUCGACAAACCGAAUGACAAAGUUUCCAAAAGGAGAGUGAGCAGGAAGAGGAAAUACAGUUUAAUAAAGGUGGUAUCAGAGAAAGAGAGACGAGAUAAAGAAACAAGCCAUGAGCUCGAAAAGAAAAUGUUACAUCUAGAGCAUGAUAUAACUAUUUUAAAAGCAAAAGUGAUGGAAAUUUCCACUCUAAAGUCAGAAAUGGCGGCUUUAAAAUCACAGGCCUUACGGUUUGUUCAACAAUUGAGUAACCAGGUUCAAAACAUGAUUAGCAGUGUUGGAAAUGUGGGUUCAGCAUAACUUGGACAAAAAUCCUCUUCUAUUUGCCAAGAAUUGCCGACUUGUGGUAAUGUUCGUUACUUGGAAAAUGUUGGACUUGUUUGAUGAUGAGAAAUAUAAGUUGAACAAUCACUGUGGAGAAUUUUAUGUUGAACUUUGGAACUUUCAUAAUUCUAGUCGUGUAUUUUAAUAACUUGUAAUCAUGUUAUUUUUGGAACAAAUAUGUUAAUUUUAUACAUGAGUAUUUAUUAGCUUUGAUAUUUGGAGCAUUGUGUGUUUUAA